AUGGAUGCUUCUAAGGAGGCGCCUGUGGUUGGCAAUGAAGGGGAUAAUGUUGCUGCUACUGUUGUUGCUGACAUUGAUCUUAACCAAGAUGAGUUCUUGGAUGACCUGGAGAUCAAUGGCAAAUGUUCUCAUUGGGAGCAGCAGUGCUGCAUCCAAAACUUGGAGGCUGACUCUGCCCAGCUCAAGACCUUGAUUGAGGAGCUGAUCAAGGAAGUGCAGCUGAUCCCUAAGGGCACCUCCAACUUCAUUAUAGACCUGCAGAACACUCUCAAGUUCGUGCAAGGGCAGCUCAAUAAGCAUCAGACUCUCAUCUCCCAGCUUCAGGCUCAGUACAAGGAGAUCCGGCGUGGCAACAUCUAUCAGCCUCCUCCUGCAGCUGAGCGUGCCGCAGCUUCCACCAAUAGCCGUGCUGAACCUGCUGUCACACCUUCUGCUGUCUCCCCUACUGCUGGAGCACGUGUUGAGCCUCCUUCUGUAGUUGCAACUGCCUUUGGCUCCUGCCCUUCGGCCCUGCCUCGUUUUGUCCACGGCAAGACCGAUGUCAAGAUUUGGCUCUCCAUUGCGGAGGACUUCAUGUCUGUCCACAAUGUGCGUAGCGAGGCUCGCGUGGUCGCAGCGACCCUUGCCUUGGAUGACACGGCGAGCAAGUUGGUGUAUGCCAACGAGCGCCACGCAGAGGCAAAUGGCCAUCCUUUUGGCUGGGAGGAGUUCAAAGCCGCUAUGCUGACGGCAUUCCUGAGUCAGCCCCCGGCGCUCGAGGUGCGUAGCCGCCUAGAGAACAUCCAGUGCGGUGACCAGCCUGUACGUCAGUAUGCCAAGGAGUUCGAGAAAACUCUGUCGCUGCUGAAGACCGCUUUUCCUGAGAGCGAGGUCAUCCACCAGUUUUUCGAGCACACUAAGCGUGUGCACGUUGUUCGAGGGGAGCACCUGUGGAAGACCUACAAGGAGUGCAAGGAGCAUGUCAUUGACACGGAUGUGAAUUUUCGUGCGUACAUGAGUCACGCUCGUGCUCAGCAGCCGCCUAGUGCCGAAGGCCCUUAG